CGCAAAAUCAUCAGAGCAGGAGCUAUAAGUACCUCCGCGGCUAUUCAUUGUUGCUUGCUCCCAACGUGAAAAGAAGGCAGGAAAAGAGAACGACGGCAAACAGGUGAACGUGCCGUUUAUUCUGAACAAUGAAGCUACUUCUGUUUUUCUUCCUGGCAGCAGUGCUUCUCCCUAGACUUGGCGGGGCCAACCAACGUAAAGCUCGGUUCUUGUUUGGAAACCUUUUUGGCAAUAACAGCCCUCCUCCUGCCACCACACAAGCCCCGCCUCAGCCUGCUUUUCCUCCAGUACAGCUGGCAUCCUUUUGCCAAGGAGGCUGCCGUGAUGGCUGGUUCAGUUACAUGGGCCAAUGCUACAUGUAUGUCCCGGACCAGAUGUCUUGGGAAAGAGCAGAGAGGGCUUGCCAAGGUGCAGCCAAUGGAGGGCACCUGACCAGCAUUUCAAGUGCAGAUCACAACAAUUUCCUCGUCAGCCUGGCCACUUACCAGGGACAUCGAACAGCCCAGUUCUGGACCGGAGGAAGCCACCAGAAGGGGUCCUCUCUCAGAUGGACAGACGGUUCUGGGGCAAAUUUCAUUCAGCGGCCGCUGCACUCCCUUCUUAAUAUGGUUGGAAACACAAUCAACAGUCUUCUGAACCUUCGCAUCUGCUUGAAGCUAAAUAUAAAUGUUGGAGGCCAGGGCAACUGGGACGGCUCAGCCUGCGACAAGAAGCUGCCCUUCAUCUGUAGUUACAAACCCAACCUCCUCCCGCCGUAGUCCACCCGCCCCAGGAAGAGAAUGCCGCCCUCUCCAUUUCCCCAGCCUUCCUACCCUUGGAAUGCAGAUCGUCUACAAGUGAUUAGUUGCUCGUCUACAUGCAAAAAACAAACACAAUCAAGAAUCUGUUAAAAAUGCAGAAGUGCCGUUUGCUAAUGUGCUUCAGAUGGAAAGAAUCAUUGUUUAGAGCGCCCUAGAAACUGUUCUCUGAAAACAAGGCCUGGCCCGGCUUGAAUGCUUAACAGCAUUGAUUUGCUAUUUAACCCCACAGGGAUUUAAAGAAAAUUGAUGAGAAACCUUUAAUUUAAAAUAAUUACAAAUCACUUACAAAAACAUUACUUAGUUCUCCAUUUCAGGACCCAGAGUCAUACAUUUUAAAUGCUGAAAACUCUCUCUUCUUAGAGUGUCAGAUAAAUCCAUGAAGAGUUAAUUGAAUGUUAUUGGAUGAAAAAAAAUAAAAAGUUCUGUAGUUUAAUCAGUAGUUUGAAGAAAAGUCACACAAGCAACCAUGAAAGAACAAAUCAAACAGAAAAAUCAUGGGUCUAUCACUGAACACACAAAAACACACAGAUUUGUCAACUGCCAAGCUGAAGGCAAACGUGUUAUUAUGGUUAUGUGCAUUAAAUGGCUAUGCAUUAUACAACACUG